AUGGAAGAGGAAGAGGAACAACCUUUUAUUGCCUUAGUCAAGAAACUCAGGCUUACUGAGGAUGUUCCUUUUAGCGACCUCUUUGGUACCUUUGUACAAGCUCCCCUCGUUCCGGCGCCUAUUUCUUUUGAGAGAGGUAAGACACCCAUGUCCCCUACCCACAUUAUCUCCAAUCAUUCUCUUAGGAUGAUGAGACCAGCUCUACUCAUCCCCUCCUCUUCUGUUAUUAUUUCAGCUUCUUCUGCUUCUGAGAUGACUGUUAUCCCCUCUGUAUCCCCUCAACCUCUUGCAUUGGCUUUGCCUCCUCUGGCUUCUGGGCCAAGAGCUAAACGAACACCUUGCCGGAGAUCCUCUCCAAUUCCAGGGCCCUCAGCAAUCCAUGCUUCAGCAACUGGAUCAACUCUUCUUGCAUCACCACCUUCCGUCCCCUCUGGUUCUUCCUCUAUUGCUCUUGUCUCCACUACUUCUUUCCCUUCUAUUGCAUCUUCCUCUGUCAUUCCCAGUUUAACUACUCCCCUCAUUUCUCUUCCUUCUUCUUCCACACGACCCUCUUCUCCUUCUACCUCAGUUCCCCCACCCUUAUUCAGACAAGCCGUGGGUCUACCUUCCCAAAUGGGACAAGCUUCUGAUCCCCCUAGUUAUGGUUCUAUUCAGCUACAAGGCCUAUUGGCUGAAUCUUGGCUACAUAGCCAAGAGCAAUUAAGGAGCAUCAAUCUUUUGAAUCGGGUGGACAAUCACAGUCGCCAAGCUAUUGCCUUCCUUGCUUCAAGUCUUCACAUAGAUCAGCUACUUAUGGCUCAAGACCGGGAAAAGGGCCAGUUAAAAGCUCAAAUAGAAACAUUGAAAGUUGCUUCUCCUCUUUCUCACACUGAUAUAACUCAAUUGCACAAGAAGGUGGCCUCACAGGAUCAACAGCUAGAGGCUAUGAAGAAAGAAUUACAGGAGUUACAGCAGUCACUGAAAGACAAAGAGCUUGACAGGAGAACCUUAGAGCUACAAGUGGAUCGGUUACAUUCUGGUCUCCGGCUGAAAAUUGCUUUGAAGGAAAAAUCUCUCUUAGAUGUUUCUCAUAAAAGCCUUGAACAAGAACAAAGAAAGGCUCAAGAUGUCGAGCUAUCAUCACUCCAAAAAGCAUUGGAACAACUUAAACUGGAGAAAGACACUCUCAAAGAUCAAGCUGCUAAAAUACAAGCUGAAUUUUAA